AGCUAAGUAGCCAAUAAACUUUUGUGUGUACAAUAGCUCUUCUACUUUGCUCCUAUCUCCUCUUGCUGCUACUUAGAUCUCAGCACUAAGGCUAUUUAAGAGGAUAAAUGGGUUCUCCAGAGAAGGGUGAGUUAGCGAAAAGAGGGAUGGAAAGAAAGGAGAGCAAAUCUAUAGUGGUAAUUUUCAGAUAUGCUGAUUGGGUAGACCUUGUGCUUAUGUUUCUGGGUACUGUUGGAGCUAUUGGAGAUGGCAUGUCCACAAACUGCUUACUGGUCUUUGUUAGCCGUCUUAUGAAUAGCUUGGGCUAUGGUAACACCCAAAAGAAUCAUGGGAAUUUCAUGGAUGAGGUUGAAAAGUGCAGUUUAUACUUUGUGUACUUGGCUCUAGCAGUCAUGGUGGUCGCUUUUAUGGAAGGGUAUUGCUGGAGUCGAACAAGUGAACGCCAGGUGCUAAGGAUUCGAUACAAGUACUUGGAAGCUGUUCUCAGACAAGAAGUAGGGUUUUUUGAUUCACAAGAAGCAACUACUUCAGAGAUCAUCAACAGCAUAUCGAAAGAUACUUCUCUUAUACAAGAAGUUCUUAGUGAGAAGGUUCCCACAUUUCUGAUGCAUGCAUCAGUAUUCAUCUCAGGACUUGCAUUUGCCACUUACUUCUCAUGGAGGCUGUCUUUAGUAGCCUUCCCACUGCUACUUCUACUGAUUAUUCCCGGCAUGGUUUAUGGAAAGUACUUAUUGUAUUUGUCCAAGAAGUGCUUCAAGGAAUAUGGCAAAGCAAACAGCAUUGUUGAGCAGGCUCUAAGCUCCAUAAAAACAGUUUACUCCUUCACUGCUGAGAGGAGAAUUGUUGAAAGAUAUUCAGCAAUAUUGGAUAAAACAACUAGUCUGGGAAUCAAGCAAGGGAUUGCCAAAGGUCUUGCUGUAGGAAGUACAGGGCUUUCCUUUGCAAUAUGGGCUUUCCUCUCUUGGUAUGGAAGUCGGUUGGUUAUGUACAAAGGCGAAAGCGGAGGGCGGAUUUAUGCAGCUGGCAUUUCCUUCAUCUUGGGUGGACUAUCCCUUGGAAUGGCACUCCCGGAUGUGAAGUACUUCACAGAAGCUUCAGUUGCAGCAACACGAAUAUUUGAUAGGAUCGAUCGAAUUCCAGAAAUUGACGGUGAAGAUGACAAGGGGCUUGUAUUAGACAAAAUUCUAGGUGAACUAGAAUUCGAGCAUGUCAAUUUCACGUACCCUUCUCGCCCCGAUUCCAUAGUCCUCAAAGACUUCAAUCUUAAAGUCCAAGCAGGAAAAACUGUAGCUCUUGUUGGUGCAAGUGGAAGUGGUAAAUCCACUGCAAUUGCAUUGCUGCAACGUUUUUAUGAUGCAGACCAUGGAGUGAUCCGGAUUGAUGGUGUGGAUAUAAGGACAUUACAGUUGAAAUGGAUAAGAGGGAAAAUGGGUCUUGUCAGUCAAGAACACGCACUCUUUGGGACCUCAAUAAAGGAGAAUAUUAUUUUUGGGAAGCCUAAUGCCACCAUGGAUGAAGUCGUGGCCGCAGCCAUGGCUGCAAAUGCUCAUAAUUUCAUACGGCAACUCCCAGAAGGGUAUGAAACCAAGGUUGGUGAGAGAGGGGCACUUUUAUCUGGAGGACAAAAGCAGCGGAUCGCCAUAGCCAGAGCCAUUAUCAAGAACCCUGUGAUUCUCCUACUAGAUGAAGCCACUAGUGCUCUUGAUUCUGAAUCUGAAACACUGGUCCAAAAUGCACUUGAUCAAGCUUCCAUGGGAAGAACCACACUGGUAGUUGCCCACAAGCUUGCCACAGUAAGAAAUGCAGAUCUCAUAGCAGUCAUGAAUGGUGGUUGCGUCAUUGAAAUAGGUUCACAUCAUGAUCUUAUCAACAAGAAAAAUGGUCACUAUGCAAAACUUGCAAAAAUGCAGAGACAAUUCAGCUGUGAUGACCAAGAACAGAAUUCCGAAACAUGGAUUUCUUCGGUUGCAAGAAGCAGUGCCGGCAGGCCAAGCACAGCCACAUCAAGUCCAGCACUCUUUGCUUCACCAUUACCUGAUGACAAUCCAAAACCAGCCAUAUCUCACCACCCUCCUUCCUUCUCCCGUCUUCUCUCUUUAAACUCUCCUGAAUGGAAGCAAGGUUUGAUUGGAAGCCUCUCAGCUAUAGCCUUUGGGGCAGUGCAACCUGUCUAUGCCUUAACCAUAGGUGGAAUGAUUUCAGCUUUCUUCUUACCAAGUCAUGCUGAAAUUCGUGCCCGAGUUGAAACAUAUUCUCUUAUUUUCUCCUCACUUACCUUGAUUUCCAUCAUUUUGAAUCUGAUACAACAUUAUAAUUUUGCUUAUAUGGGUGCUCAUCUAACAAAGAGAAUCCGAUUGAGUAUGCUCAACAAAAUCUUGACCUUUGAGGCCGCUUGGUUUGAUGAAGAACAGAACUCGAGCGGGGUCUUAUGCUCCAGACUGAGUAAUGAAGCAUCCAUUGUUAAAUCCCUUGUUGCUGAUAGAGUCUCUCUUUUGGUUCAAACCACUUCGUCUGUAACCAUUGCAAUGGUGCUGGGGCUGGCUGUGGCUUGGAAGCUUGCGCUUGUUAUGAUAGCUGUCCAACCUCUCACAAUUCUAUGCUUUUAUACCAGGAAAGUUCUGCUUUCUAAUAUUUCAAAUAAUGUAGUUGAAGCACAGAACCAAAGCACACAAAUUGCGGUAGAAGCCGUCUAUAAUCAUAGAAUUGUGACUUCAUUUGGAAGUGUGGGAAAGGUCCUUCAGCUUUUUGAUGAGGCCCAGGAGGAGCCGAGGAAGGAAGCAAUGAAGAAAUCAUGGCUAGCAGGAAUUGGCAUGGGGUCUGCACUCUGCCUAACUUUUAUGUCUUGGGCUCUGGACUUUUGGUAUGGAGGAAAACUUGUGGAAUCUGGGCAGAUAUCUGCUGGGGAUGUGUUCAAGACAUUUUUCGUGUUGGUAAGUACUGGCAAGGUCAUCGCUGAUGCUGGGAGCAUGACUUCUGAUCUAGCAAAGGGCUCAACAGCUGUUGCAUCAGUAUUCGAGAUUCUUGAUCGGCAAUCAUUAAUUCCAGGGUCUUACAAUGCGGGGGACAACAUGGCCGGAACCAAGUUAGAGAAGAUGUCUGGUGGGAUAGAGAUAAAGAAGGUUGAUUUUGCAUACCCAAGCCGGAAGGAGAGCCUAGUGCUGCGCCAAUUUUGCUUGGAAGUGAAACCAGGCACAAGCAUCGGACUCGUCGGGAAAAGCGGGUGUGGGAAAUCAACCGUGAUUGGAUUGAUUCAGAGAUUUUAUGAUGCUGAUAAGGGGACAGUGAAGGUGGACGGAGUUGACAUAAGGGAACUUGAUCUUGGAUGGUAUAGAAUGCACAUGGCCCUGGUUAGCCAAGAACCUGUAAUAUAUUCAGGCAGCAUUCGUGACAACAUUCUGUUUGGAAAGCUUGAUGCAUCAGAGAAUGAGGUGGUGGAGGCUGCCAGAGCUGCCAACGCUCACGAAUUUAUCUCGUCACUAAAAGAUGGAUACGAGACUGAAUGCGGGGAGAGAGGGGUACAGUUAUCAGGGGGGCAGAAGCAGAGAAUAACGAUUGCAAGGGCGAUAAUCCGAAACCCGAUAGUACUAUUACUAGAUGAGGCAACAAGUGCUCUGGAUGUACAAUCAGAGCAAGUUGUGCAGGAGGCAUUGGACAGAAUCAUGGUUGGAAGAACUACAAUUGUGGUGGCACACAGGCUCAACACAAUAAAGAAGUUGGACUCAAUUGCUUUUGUCUCAGAAGGGAAGGUGGUGGAACGUGGAACCUAUGCUCAACUAAAAAGCAAACGAGGUGCCUUCUUCAAUCUUGCCAGCCUUCAGAAGUAGCUUAUAGAUAUAGAUACUUCAAAAGUCUUGUAAUGGUGUUGGGCUGCAUGUUGAGCUCUGAAAGAUGGUGGGGGACCCCUCAGUUUAGUAUGAGAAGCCCUUCUUGCCUGAGGGAUUACAUAUCUUGUAGUAUUAGGUGGCUUAUUGCAGCUCAAUGAAACCCCUUCAAUAAAGAACUUGUUGGUUCCUCUGA